AGGAGUUUGGUGUAUCCAGCACGCAUACGCCCCCUAUACGCUCUUCUCCUCCUCCUCUUCUCCUCUCCUCUCCGCUCCUCUCCUCUCAUCCAUCCAGCCGAGAGCUGCUCUUCCCCCUCCGUCCGCUCAUUCAUCCUCUCGGACAGUCUCCAUCCUGUGACGGUGAAUAGAAGCAGCUGGGCGGUGGCAUUCGCAAGCCCUCAAUGGUCGGCAUUUGGACGGAAAUACGCGCGUCAAACCUGGAGAGACAGGACUGCAAGUGAUUGCUAUGUCAGAGAGAAGUUCAACCACAAAGAAUACAGCAGACGGAGGUUAUAUGGAUCACGAUUCAAAGAUGUCGGACGAGCACAGAGACACGGAUGAUUCUUCGGAGAAAACGCCAAGUAGGAUGUCCAGAUCCCCGCAGAAAUCCUCCAAAAGACCAAAGACAGUGCCUGUGAAAGUCACUCUGCUAGAUGGAUCUGCCUAUGAGACCGGGGUGGAGAAGCUCUGCAAAGGACAAGUGUUACUGGAUGCGGUAUGUGAACAUCUCAACCUCUUGGAGAAGGACUACUUCGGUCUAUCCUUCAGUGACACGGAGAGCCAAAAGAAUUGGCUAGAUCCUUCGAAAGAAAUCAAGAAACAAAUCCGUGUGGGUCCCUGGCAUUUCUCCUUUGCUGUCAAAUUUUAUCCUCCCGAUCCGUCUCAGCUGAUUGAAGACAUCACACGGUAUUACCUGUGUCUGCAGCUGAGGGACGACAUACUGUCAGGUCGUUUGCCCUGCUCGUUCGUCACUCACGCUCUGCUGGGUUCGUACGCCGUUCAGGCUGAGCUGGGAGACUAUGACCCAGAGGAACACGGGCCAGACUACAUCAGCGAGUUUCGCUUCGCCCCCAAUCAGACCCGUGAGCUGGAGGAGAGGGUGAUGGAGCUGCACCGCACCUACAGGGGCAUGAGUCCUGCAGAGGCUGAGAUCAACUUCCUGGAGAACGCCAAGAAACUUUCCAUGUAUGGCGUUGAUCUCCAUCAUGCUAAGGACUCUGAAGGCAUUGACAUCAUGCUGGGAGUGUGUGCCAGUGGACUCCUGAUCUAUAGAGACCGACUGCGUAUCAACCGAUUUGCCUGGCCUAAGAUCCUCAAAAUAUCCUACAAGAGAAGCAACUUCUACAUCAAAAUCCGUCCUGGAGAGGUAGAGAAAAAGUACGAGCAGUUUGAGAGCACCAUUGGCUUCAAGCUUCCCAACCACCGUGCUUCUAAGCGCUUGUGGAAGGUCUGCAUUGAACACCACACAUUUUUCAGGUUGGUCUCUCCUGAGCCUCCCCCUAAAGGUUUUCUUGUGAUUGGCUCGAAGUUCCGCUACAGUGGGCGGACCCAAGCCCAGACUCGCCAGGCCAGUGCUUUGAUUGACAGGCCAGCUCCUCAAUUUGAACGAUCAAUUAGUAGGAGGUAUCUGCUGUCCCGCAGCAUAGAUGGAGAGUCAGCUUUAGGGGACACUAUGGACCGACUCUCCCAGCACACCUGUAGCGAGCCUGUGCCUAGUCUUCCCAGAGAUGAGCUGGACCAGGACUACCUGGAGCCCAGUCUGGAACAGGACCUGGACCAAGAUCAUGAACAAGCUGAAGAUCAGCGACUAGAGAGUGACUCCACUCCCUCUAAGACUAUGGAGCUCAAGAGGGAGGACUCAGGCUCUCCUGUAGACUCUAAGACGGAGUCGGACCAGGACUUGGCCCCACGUCCUAAACAGGAGCAGUUCCUGGAUAAACCAGAGGAUGUGCUGCAAAAACAUCAAGCCAGCAUCAAUGAGCUGAAAAGAGCGCUGAGAGAGCCCAACAGCAAACUGGUCCACAGAGAGAAACGUCUCUCUGGAGCUUCAUCCGGUAGCACUCCGGAGAAAAAAUCUGCCUCAGAGGAGUCCCUAUUGAUUGAGAAGCAAGAUGGUUGUCAAAGAGACCUGCCCCUCAGUAAAAAAGACGAAAAGAGCAGGAGUCCUAGAGUAGCUUCAUUAGCCACUGGAUUCAACAGAGAGACAGAAGACAGAAUGAGAGAACAAACCAUCACUACACACAGUGAAACGAGAGAAAAACAAAAUGUAGUAAAAAGGACCUCAACAGAAACCAUCCUAUCACCAGAGAAACCCCUGAGAAAUCGUGCUGAAAGCCCUGCUUUAAGGUACAACCAUUUCCAGGGCGCCAGUUCAUUGGAGGAGAGAGCAUAUAAUAAUGGGCAUCCGCAGGACAGAUCUUUGUCAGAGAAUGUCAUUCAUACAAAUGGAUGCGAUGAAUAUGCAACAGAGAGACUCUGGGGCGAUAAAAAGUACAUGGGGUUAACCAAUAGAGAAGACGAGAACACGAAUAAAGACUUAGCAAGGUAUGUAGAGAGAAGUUUCGGAGAGGCUUCUCCAAAUGCAGCCAUAGACAAAUAUAUGAGAGAUCGAUAUAAUGAAAGCCGAUGGGAGAGACGAUCCUAUGAAAAAGAAUCCGAGAACACCAGAGCUACCUUACAAAGACAAAUGUCUAAACCAGAUCCUAAAAGUAAAGGCUCAACAAUCCAGAGACACGAUUCUACUGCAAGCGACACAUCACAGUCUGAGGUGAAACGAAUCGUUCCGCUGAAGCCUGAGAGGUCGAAGAAGUUGAAAGGCAAUAAAGGAGCCAAGCUGCAAGGACAACCAAGUGAGAAGAGCAUUUCGGGAUCAUUUGAAGAAAGUGAAGGGACCAACUCUAAGGAAGAGCAAGUUGGGUUCGAGAAUGCCCCGGAUGGCUUGUUGCAGCCCAGAAAUUCUGCAGCUUUAGAAAGCACUGGAACUUUUUCCAAGCAAGACUGGAUGAGUAAUUGUCACAUUAGGGAAGUAAGAGAAUAUUGCCGACAGUCUGUCCAAGACAGGCCCCAAUUAAGAGAUCUCAAGAACAGUGCAGACCACAGACUUAGUAUCGAACAAGAUCAGUUUCUUUUUGAAGAUCCAUUGUUUAUGUUUGACUUUCCCACCAAUUCAGCAUUUCCAGCCUUUGACCAGAUUCCCCCUUUAUACCCACCUGUGAAAUCCCAGUGGGCAAGAGAAACACGUACCAAACCAGUCACCAAAAGCGAUUCUGGCAACAAUCUUCACAAGAGCUCCACCAUGGAAUCUUCCAAGAGGAAAUCAGUGGAGCCCCUUCCCACUCCAGCAAUUCAUGCGGAGCCUCAGGAGGAAGCCCAGAGAGAGCCCUGGGAGAGACGCUUGGGAUCAGUAUCAGAAGAUGACCCUGACCCAGACACUCUGUACCUGAAGGAGACUCACCUGGGCAUUGAGCGCAAAUGCUCGAGUAUCACCGUUAGCUCAACGUCCAGCCUGGAGGCUGAGGUGGACUUCACUGUGCUCAUGGACUUCCAAACGGGUAUGGAGGAAUUUUCUAGAGGCAUGACUGAGCUGGGGGAGAAAGACUUCUCAGCUGAGUUUAGCCUCUCUGACCGUCCCACUCAUCCAGCCUUUAUACUGGGAGCAGAUCCUAUCUACCUUCCCGAGGAGGAACAUGUAGAAGUUCAGAGGCCCGUAGAGAAACCAAAGCCCGUUGUAGAACAGAAGCCACCGGAGGAACGUAAACCGGAGCCUUUUGUACCUAAGAAAGCUCCGCGCUCUGUGAAAGCUGCCCAAGCCAUGAGGAAAGAAUCUAAAGAACAAGCUAAUGCCCAGUCGAUGAGAAGGGAGAGCUCUGAAUCACCCCCAAUCCAUCCUCUAAGUAGAGAGAGCAGUGAAAUCAUUGCCUCCCAAGCUCUAAGGAAGACCGAGGUCAAGAUCGAGACGCAGCCCAAUGGCUCUGAGGUCACCACGACCAUAAUGGAGAUUGCAGACCCGGACCACGGUAUCAGUGGUAUGCGAGAGGCUGCAUACUCUAUGACAGAGAGAGUAUCUCCUGUGAACUUGGGAUCAUUAGGUAGAGAUGGUUCUCCUCUAAUGGUUACUGAGAACGUAACAUCAGCCACUACAACACAUGUAACUAAGACGGUGAAAGGAGGCUACUCCGAGACAAGAAUCGAAAAGAGGAUUAUCAUUACUGGUGACGAUGAUGUCGAUCAAGAUCAGGCGCUCGCAAUGGCAAUAAAAGAAGCCAAGCAACAGCACCCUGACAUGUUGGUAACCAAGGCUGUAGUUGUCAGGGAAACCGAAUCUUCCACUCAAGAUCCACAUGAGGAAUUGAAGUCCUGAUCUCCUCAGUUCUCAGGACUUCAACAAAAAGCAACUGUUCCUCAAUGACUGCCAGUGGGUCGCCAACAUCUACAGACCUCUUAUGCUAAGCUUCUUGCUUCCACUUACAUAAACGACACUAACAUUUACACAUGCACACAAACACAUGCUGCCUCCCAGACGUCAGAACCGAUUCCUUCUCAUGUAAUUUCUAUUUGGUGUCUACAUUCGCUGUGAUGAUAUGGACAUGCUCGUUCAAGAGGCGCUCGGACCAUUUGGGAAGGACAGACCCAGCAUCACAUCGAUCAGACGAUUUAGCUGCCAUUGUAGUCCCUUGCUUUUUCUUCACGAAUGUGAAAACUAACCAAGCGUACUAUCGACAGCCCGAUGCUAACAUCAAGCAUGAGGCACGGGGCUUUUUGAUGAACAUUGCUGAAGAUUUAGCUUAGUGGAGUGACAGUAGUGUCUAUUGAGUAGUUUUUCUAGGCCUCAUAUAACACUUUUUGCAAACACUGAACUGUAGGGAAAAGCCUAGAUAGAGUACAUACAGUAUGUCGUGCUUCUCUGAUCAACAAACAUUAUGUUGCUUUUCUGAACCUCAUCUGCAUGUGGCAAAGCAGGGUUUCAAAUAUUUUCAUAUACAUCCAGCUAACUAAAAACUCUGGUUCAGUGUCCUUACAAACCAGAGAGGAAAACGAGACAGACUGUAUUAAUGUAUGAUUGCCAAACCUUUUGACGGUCCUCUGAAAAGUAUUUAUUUCCAUAUUAGAUAUAAUAUGAAGAUAGUGUACUUGCACAUCCCCCCCUCCCCCUGGAAAUUUCUUGUUAAUUACUGCUGUAUUUGUUUUUACAGAUGUCAAGAAUGCUUUUUUUUUUUUCUCGGGAGCCCUUAAAUA